AUGAUGGCAAAAAACCACGGCGUUGAAUCCAGCGGAGGAAAGAUCGUUUCGGAUUCGUCGUCACCGUUCGAUUCCUUACCGGAGGAUUGCAUUUCCAAGAUAGUCUCCUUCACAAGUCCACGUGAUGCUUGCGUCGCCGCUACGGUUUCCAAAGCCUUUGAAUCUGCGGCCAAGUCAGAUGUCGUGUGGGAUAACUUCCUUCCGCCAGAGUAUGAAUCUCUGGUUCCGUCAUUUCGUCAUUUCUCAUCCAAGAAUGAGAUGUACUUCGCUUUAUGCGAUGAGCCUGUUCUCAUCGAUGAUGGUGCAAAGAGCUUUUGGUUAGAGAAAGCAAGUGGGAAGAGGUGUAUCAUGUUAUCUGCGAUGAAUCUCUCAAUCAUUUGGGGAGAUAUUCCACAGUAUUGGGGAUGGAUUACAAUUCCUGAAGCUAGGUUUGAAAGCGUUGCGAUUCUUCGCAAUGUAUGUUGGUUUGAGAUUCGAGGCAGAGUGAAUACUCAUGUCCUAACUCCAGGAACUCGUUACUCGGCUUACAUUGUGUUUAAGAAAGCGUAUUGUUAUGGCUUUGAUGAUGUGGCUAUAGAAGCUGGAGUUGGCGUUGGGGGUCAUGAAGCUUCUACAAGAACCAUAUGCUUCAAUACAGAUGUGGAUGAUGAGCCUGAGGCGGGAUGGAUCUACCCUGAGGAGAGGAAAGAUGGUUGGAUGGAGAUAGAGCUUGGGGAAUUUUUCAAUGGAGAGGGUGUAAUGAAGGGUGAUGAAAUUGAGAUGAGUGCUUUAGAGACUAGGGAGCUUGGUUGGAAGCAUGGCCUCAUCAUUCAAGGAAUUGAAAUCCGUCCUGCAGAUAUCCAGUAAAGAGCAUUCAUCUAUAUUGGUAUCCUUGUCCGCUGGUUAUAUGAUUGAAUGAGAGGUACAAUUCAAUUGAUAAACAAGUGUGUUCAAUUGUGUUUGUUAUAUAAUCAUUAACAACUUUGAUAGAGGUUGAAUCCUUUUUUUUUUCUUUUGAUAGAGGUUGAAUCCUUGUUAGUUGGUAUAUGUAAAACCCGUUUUAACCGGUACAAGAGUUGUUUGGUCAAAUGAUUAAAUAGAUGCUGAGUAUGCU